GUCAUGUCUUUUGCCCCCUCUCAAUUAAUUUCCUGGUUUCGCCCAUUAUGGCAGCAAGCAACUAGUGAGUCACUCCAAGGACUAACUUCAACAAUGUUGUCAUCUAUUCUUUACAUUUUGUGCAUGUGUGUGUGUGCGUGUGUGAGUUAUAUGUGUUCAAAGCGAGAGUAUGGAAAGGAUUUAGUUGAGAAUGCUCCUUGCCCACCUAAGUCCCCACCUAUAUCUCCCCUGCCUUUCAUGACUUCAAACUGUAGCCUACCUAAGGACCCCUUUUAAGCAUAUCCCCUUUUUUUAGUGUAUGACCUUUCCAUCUACUAUAACGUGUAAAGUUUUAACACCGCCAGCCAAACUAUCUGAUUAAAUUGACUAAUGUAGGAACCGAACGAACUCACACGCGUUCCUUUUUCAAGUUCACAUUUUCUGCUCACCACUAGAAAGAAAUUAAUAACCUAAUUAGACAUGAGCCUCACCAGCAAGUACCUUAUAAUUUUCUUAUCCUUAAUUCAUCAUCUCAUCUCCGCAGAUUCUAACUGCCUCCGACGACGCUCAUUCCACUGUCCAAAUCUGGGCCUUCUCCAAUUCCCAAUCUCUAACCCUAAUCAAACCACAUGUCGCGGCCCAUUAACCAUCGACUGCGCAGGCCCAUCAAUCCAGCUCGAGAACGGCGGACCAUGGUACGAUGUUGUCCGCCGGAUCUCCGAAAGCUCGUUCAGGAUCCGCGAUCCCCUUCUCCAAACCAGACUAAACACAUCCAGCUGUAGCUCCUUCGUGCGGGGCCUAAGCCUGCCGACGAGCUCGCCGAGUAUUUCGCUGAGGGUUUCGUCCCGGGUCACGACCGUUUUCCGGUGUAAUGACCCGCCCCUGAAUCAGGACCCGACCCUCAUAAACCAAUACUUCUUCGCACAGAACUAUACCAGGUUCGCGGGCUGCCCGGGAUUCGUGGUGUUCUAUAGGUCGCCGGGAAACUGGUCGGAGGGCGGAGAAGUUGCCGUGCCGGAAGCGUGCCAGGCUGUCGUGCUGCCGCUCGGGGGUUCGAGGAAUGUUUUAGGUGUUUUGGGGUUGAGUGGGGAGUUUGAUGUGGAGUGGAAUGUGUCUGCUGUUUGUUUGGAUUGUUAUCAAAGGGGAGGGGUUUGUGGGAGUACUAAUGGGAAUGAGUUUUCUUGCACAUCACAAGGAGGAAACAGGAAGACAGUCAAAGUAGCUCUACUCACAGAGUCAGACAGAAAUUUCUUUCCAAGAGAAGGGAUUUUGAUCAAAACAUUUCACAUCAAGUACUUAGGCUCAAUUGAAAAAAUAAUACAAAACAAACACUAA